AUGAGCAGCACUAUAUUCUACAGGUUCAAGUCGCAGAAGGGCACGUCGCGGAUCCUGUUUGACGGGACCGGGCUGACCGUGUUCGAGUUGAAGCGGGACAUCAUACAGGAGAACCGGUUGGGCGACGGGACGGACUUCCAACUGCGCGUGUACAACCCUGACACGAUGGAGGAGUACGACGAGGACCAGGCUGUGAUCCCCCGGUCGUCCAACGUUGUUGCCCGGCGGUCCCCCGCCGUGAGGGCCGUGUCGGUGCACUCCAGGGCGAGACCCGGCGGUGCCGCUGCCGCCGCUGGUGGGAACGCGGCGCGGUACGUCACUGGGAAACCGCGCGUGUUCGCCAGGAGGGGCAACGCUGCUGCUACUAGCACUACGACGCAAGAGGCAACCCCCAGUGGUGUCACUGAGGAGGAGCGGAUCGCCAACAUGUUUGCCACGCAGGAGAACCAGUGGGAACAAACGCAACAGGCGAUGUCUGGACAAACGCCCGUGUUCUUCCGGUCCGGCGGUGGCGGUGGCGCUGGUGGUGCAGGGCACGGUGACGACGGCCCACCACCACCCGGAUACAUGUGCUACCGGUGUGGUGCCAAGGACCACUGGAUCAAGAACUGCCCCACGAACAACGACCCUAACUUCGAGGGGAAACGGAUCCGGCGGACCACGGGUAUCCCGAAGAAAUUCCUCAAGAGUGUAGAGAUCGACCCCUCGACGAUGACCCCGGAGGAGAUGUCUCAACGCAAGAUCAUGAUCACCGACGAGGGGAAAUUUGUCGUACAAGUCGCUGACCAGCACUCCUGGGAGGACUACCAGCGGAAACAGCAGAAAGUCGCUGCACCGGCGGAUCUGUCCGUGUGGGCCCCCGGGAGGUUCCCCGAUCUGCCUACAGAGCUGAAAUGCCCCAUCACGGGCGGGCUGUUGAGGGACCCAGUCCGCACAAGCCACUGUUGCAAGAGGGCGUUCAGCAAGACAGCAAUCGAGGACACCCUGCUCGAAACGGACUUCGUGUGCCCCGGAUGCGGCGCCCAGGACACCCUACUGGACUCACUGGAGCCUGACAAGACGCUACAGGCGGAGGCAGCCGCAUUCCUGCAGAGGGAGACCGCCCAGGGUCCAGAGGGAGCCGGCGACGCCAGCGCCAAGCGGCUGAGGCUGGACCCUGCUGCCCCCACCGCCGGCAGCACGGGCCCGGGCCCGGUCCCGCCCGCCUUCGCGCUGCCGCCGUUCCCGCUGUUCCCGCUGCCGCCGUUCAUGCCGCGCGGGCAGAAGUAG